UUCAUAAGACCGACAAUAUAUAUUACACCUAACACAAUUCCCGAAAUCCAUGUUUUUCCAGUAUGACAAGGCAAGGUAUAUUCUAAUUCAUAGUGGGAAAUUCUGUGUUUCAUGAAUGGGCGAUAACCGCUGAGAAAUGUAUGGGCGCCUAGGAGCAUUUUGUAAAACAGUGUGUGUGGACAAAUACUACUUAUUUGGAAAAUCGUUUUAUUUGCGUAGACAAAAACUUUUGUUGACAAAGGUAACCAUAUCAGACAUGUUUGCUCCACCAUUGCCUCAUCCAGGCCGAUUGUAUAGUGCCCCCAACAGGUUUCCUGGUAGAGAAUCAGGUCAAAGUAAUGUGGUAAAUCGAGUGUCAUGUGGAGACUUGAGGGAGUGUCAUAUUGGAUUGGAGGUGGAAUUGUGUGGUCGUGUACAAUAUCAACGUGUUGGGCGAUUCCUUACUUUGCGUGACCAGUAUGGAAUGACCCAGGUUAUUGCACCAGACGAUCGUCCUGAUAUUGGACGUCGGCUAGCCAACAUGCCUCUUGACUCAUUUGUUGCUGUAAGAGGGUGGGUGUAUCCUCGUCCUCCUGGACAACAUAAUGUGAGGAUGCCUACAGGCAGUGUUGAAGUAAUUAUCAAGGAGUUCAGAAUGGUUCGGCCAGGAAAGAAGUCAGCUUUUGAUAAUGUUUCAAAGUCAAAAUUCAAGAAAAAUGCAGAUGCAAGUAAGUCUUUGCCUACUCAUAACAGGCUUACAAGUGAAGAAUUUGCAAAGUGUGAGUCACCAAGUGUAACAAGUAGAUUUGCACGUCGAACACAUACCUGUGGUGAUUUGAAUGAGAACACAAUAGGGCAAGAUGUUCAUCUGUGUGGUUGGGUGGAACUUAAGAGACUUGGACGGUUUCUCACUCUACGUGAUGGUUAUGGUGUAGCUCAACUUGUUGCACCUAAUAACCGUCCUGAUAUUAGCCAACAGAUAAGUAGCAUUCGAUUGGAUACAAUUGUCACAGUAAAAGGGUUGGUGUGUGCUCGACCACCAGGACAAAAGAACGUGAGAAUGCCGACUGGAGCUAUUGAGGUAUCAGUAACAGAAUUGGAAGUUGUGGAUCCCAAUGAGAAGAUCGAACCUGCACUGCCUGAACCAACCACCAAUAUAUCUAUGCAGAUACGCAGCUUUUCUACAUCCAGUAAUAUUUUUUCUGAGGAAACGAAACCAACAAAAGUGGCUCCUGACACCAGUAAAUUCACACACCGCACCCAUACUUGUGGAGAGCUACGAGACUGUCACAUUGGACUGAAAGUAAGAUUAUGUGGGUGGAUAGAAUAUCAGCGCAUGGCAAAGUUUGUCACCUUGCGUGAUGCUUAUGGCUCCACACAACUUGUUGCACCUGUUGAAAGAAAAGACAUUGUUCAGCUGCUGGAUGGUAUUCCUUUUGAAUCAGUAGUUACUGUGAGUGGCAUUGUGUGUGGUAGACCACCAGCACAAGAGAAUGUGAACAUGCCUACUGGAAGUAUAGAAGUUGUCUUAAAUGACUUUAUGAUCAUCAGCACUGCAAAAAAGCAACUGCCAUUUACUAUUCGGGACUUUAACAAGGCUAAAGAGCCAUUGAGGCUAAAGUAUCGCUACCUAGACCUUCGUUUCCCAGAGAUGCAACAUAAUCUUCGUCUUCGUUCCAAAGUCCUGAUGAGUAUGAGAGAAUACCUGUGCAAUCACUGUGACUUUGUGGAAGUGGAAACACCAACACUCUUCAGAAGAACUCCUGGGGGUGCACAAGAAUUUGUGGUUCCAACAAGACUGCCUUCUCACUUCUACUCAUUGGUUCAGAGCCCACAACAGUUCAAGCAGCUGUUGAUGAUUGGUGCAAUUGACAGAUAUUUUCAAGUCGCCCGCUGUUAUCGAGAUGAAGGAGCUCAAUCAGAUAGGCAGCCUGAAUUUACUCAGCUAGACAUUGAGCUGUCAUUUUCAGAUCGUGAGGGAAUAAUCUCUCUGGUUGAAAGUCUGCUAGAGCACUGCUGGCCAGAAGAGAAUGAAAAUAAAGUCUGUGCUCCUUUUCCCAGAAUGACUUACGCUGAAGCAAUGGAUCAGUAUGGAACUGAUAAGCCUGAUACACGCUUUGAAAUGAAGCUCAAAGAUGUGACAGACGCAGUAAAGUUGAGUGACUUGCCUGAAAUGGUCAUGCCAGACUUCACAGCUCGAGUGGUUGUUGUACCAAAAGGAAGUGUUCAGCUAACACCAACAGUUGAAAAUAAGUAUGAAGACCUGACCAAGAAGCAGUUUCCUUCAACUCGGCUAAUACUGAGUAAAGUGACAUCUAUUGAGCACUGGGAGGAGAACCUACAGAAAGAAUUCAGUUCUGAUGUAGUUACAGCUCUGAAAGAGAAGCUAAAUCCAGAACCUUUUGAUGUAAUUAUGCUGGCUUUUGGGAGCAAAGAGCAAGUUCUGAAACUUCUAGGUAGGUUAAGGCUGGAUUACGUAAACUAUUUGGAAAGCAAAGGUGUGAAUCAUCACCGAACUUCACAUUACAAUUUCCUGUGGGUUUUGGAUUUCCCGUUGUUCUUCCCAGGAGAAAAGCCAGGAACUUAUGAAACAGCACAUCACCCUUUCACACAUCCACAUCCAGAUGAUGUCCACAUCCUUCAGGAAGAUCCUCUUCAGGUACGGAGUUUACAUUAUGACUUGGUGCUGAAUGGAUGUGAAGUUGGUGGAGGCUCUGUUCGUAUACAUGACCCAGUUCUGCAACUGCAAGUGCUAAAGGACAUACUUCAGAUAGAUCCUAGUUCUCUGCAGCAUCUGCUAGAUGCACUUCAUAGUGGCUGUCCACCACAUGCAGGUAUUGCUCUAGGUAUUGACAGGCUUAUAGCCUUGUUAUGUCAUUCUAAUAGCAUACGUGAUGUAAUUGCUUUCCCAAAAACUUUGGAGGGUAGAGACCUCAUGUCAGGUGCUCCCAUUCCAAUCUCAGAAGAAGAGAAGGCCCUCUAUCACAUCCAGACUGUAGAUUCAGCACCAAUGGAACAGGACACACAUAAUGUCUCAGAAGUCUCUACACCGUGAAGGAAUAUGAUAUGAAUCAUGGAAACGAUAUAAGCCUCACCUACCACCAGAAUAAAAAUAACUGCCCAUUCCACAUUAGAAGGCCUAUAAAAGGUGUAAGUAUCAUGUUUUGUUACUGUAUAUAGCUCCUCCUUCAUUUGAAAAAGAAAGGCCUUUCUAUUACAAAGAUCCAUCAUUAUCCAAAAGAAAAACAUGCAGUGUGGGCAGAUGCUUAGUUAAAGAGCAGAUGGUACACAAUUAUAAUGGAUGCAAAAUAUCUGUGAGCCUGAGGUACAUCAUAGUAAGAGGGGAAGGGAAGAUGUAAAAGGCAAGGGGGGAGCAAGAAUCCUCUGUGCUAUCACUACCCCUCCCUGUACCUCAGCUGGUUUAUUUGCCUCCAUGUAUAUUUGUAACAGUCAGAGAAGCUGAGAGAUAUCUUGUGACACGUAUACCAAACCUUAGAGGAUAAAAGUAAUUGUUCUUGUAUGUUACAUUGUUUCUUUACUAUUGUGACAUUUUCAUACCUGAUUCAUAUAUGACUUCAAUUAUUGGUACUGAAAAUUAAUUAGUAAUAAAAAUACAUAAAUCCUUU